GAACAGGCAAAGUAGUUUCUACUUCGCCUGCCGCUGCUGCCUCUUUCUUCUCUGUUUCCUCCAUUCAAUUCCUCUUUCCCUUUCUUAUUUUUUUUAUCUUUUACAAUUUUUUCCCUGUUUGGUCACCUAAAUCCUUAUUAAACAUAGAGAAAGAGAUCGAUAUGCCAAAAGGGAGGCCUUUUCCCCAAUUUCCAAAUUAUCAUCCAAUCUUUUCAAUCUUUCUAGAGUUUGUUGAGAUUGAUUAUAAGAAAAUUUGCAGAUAAAUUUGAGAAAAGAAGAGAAAGGAGAGAUCUGAAGAAGAAGAAGAAGAAGAGAGAUCAUGAAUAGCCUCUUCUCCACGGCGUCUUGGAAACGUGACGUCGAGUCCGGCGGCGGGGAUGUGGAGAUGGGGGCGGCGGCCGGAGGGGCGGCAGGAGGGGCCAGCCUUGACAAAUUCUUCGACGAUGUGGAGGCGAUCAAGGAGGAGCUGCGGGAGGUGGAGCGCCUCCAGCACGCCCUCCGCGAAGCCAACGAGGAGAGCAAGACCCUCCACGACGCGUCGGCGGUGCGCGCCCUCCGCGGCCGGAUGGACGCCGACGUGGCCGGUGCCCUCAAGAAGGCCAAGCUCAUCAAGCUCCGCCUCGAGUCGCUGGACCGCGCGAACGCGGCCAACCGCGCGCUCCCCGGCUGCGGCCCCGGCAGCUCCACCGACCGCACCCGCACAUCCGUCGUCGCCGGCCUCCGCAAGAAGCUGCGCGACUCGAUGGAGUCCUUCGCCGACCUGCGGAGCCGGAUCGCGGCGGAGUACCGGGAGACGGUGGGCCGGCGGUACUUCACGGUGACAGGGGAAGCGGCCGACGAGGCGACGGUGGAGUCGCUGGUGGCGACCGGGGAAGGGGAGCGGUUCCUGCAGCGGGCGAUCGAGGAGCAAGGGCGGGGCCGGGUGGUGGAGGUGGUGGCGGAGAUCCGGGAGCGGCACGGGGCGGUGGCGGAGCUGGAGCGCAGCCUGCUGGAGCUGCAGCAGGUGUUCAUGGACAUGGCGGUGCUGGUGGAGGCGCAGGGCCAGCAGCUCGACGACAUCGAGAGCAACGUCGGGCGGGCGGAGUCCUUCGUCCGCCGCGGCACCGAACAGCUCGGCACCGCCCGCGCCUACCAGAAGAGCAGCCGCAAGUGUACCUUCAUUGCCAUCCUCCUCAUCCUCAUCAUCAUCCUCAUCAUCGUCCUCCCUACCGUGAUCACCCUCACCAAGAAAUAAAAUUAAAUCACUAUUAUAUAUCAUUGCCAUUGUUCCUUGUUGCUCCUUCUCCUGCUUAUUUGUUCUUCUUUUCUUUUUUUUUGGAUAUUAUAUGUAUUUGUAUACACGAAAUCUCAUAUGGAUUAAUAGCGAAUUCCUCUGGUUCUUUCUGUAGAGAGUAAA